AUGUGGAGUGAAAUUGGUGCCUGCAUUGUAGCUUUUCUUGUAAUCAUCAGGAUUAGCCAUUGGUUCUAUACUUGGUCUAACCCCAACUGCGAUGGCAAAUUGCCUCCUGGUUCAAUGGGUUUGCCAAUUAUCGGAGAAACUCUCCACUUCUUAUCUCCCUAUAAAGUUCAUGAUGUUUCUCCAUUUCUUAAAAGGAGAUUGGCUAGAUAUGGACCGCUGUUUCGAACAAGUCUAUUUGGGCAGAAGAUGAUUGUGUCGACUGAUUCAGAGAUAAACUACACAAUCCUUCAAAGAGAAAGUGCAAAUUUCUCAUUCUGGUUGACUGAUAGUUUCAGGGAAUUUCUGGGAGAAGAAAGCAUGCUUACGCAGCAUGGAAGUUUUCAUAGGUAUAUGAAGAACUUAAUUCUACAUCUUGUUGGCCCUGAAAGUCUAAGGGGAAAGCUUCUCCAUCAAAUGGACGAAGCAACUAGCAGACAUCUACUUUCGUGGGCUAGCGAAGGCAGUGUCAACGUUAACGAAGGAAUUGCUGAAAUGAUAUUUGAAUCAUUUGCAAAAAGGCUUAUAAGUUAUGAAGAAAAGAAGGAUGGAAAGAAACUUUUAGAUAAUUACAAAGCCUUCAUGAAUGGUCUCAUCUCCCUUCCUGUCAACAUUCCUGGAACUGCUUUCCAUGGAUGUGUGCAGGGAAGCAAAAAGGCAAUUAAGGUGAUUACAGAUAUCUACCACGAGAGGAAAGCGACAAAAAUAGCUCACAAUGAUUUCCUGGACCGUCUGAUUGAAGAAGUAGAGAAGGAGAAGGCCUUUUUGGAUGAUGGGGUUGCAAUUAACUUGCUGUUUCUUCUUCUCUUUGGUGCUUUCGAAAGCACUUCCGAAGCCAUUACUUUGCUUACCAAAUUUAUUUCUGACCAUCCUCAAGUUCUUCAAGAAUUGAGGAAAGAACAUGAGGCAAUCCUUGAAAGGAGAGAAAAUGAGAAUUCUGGACUUACAUGGGAAGAAUAUAAAUCAAUGACUUUCACUCAUAUGGUGAUUAAUGAAACUGUCCGAUUGGCAAAUAUAGCACCGGCGAUUUUCAGGAAAGUAGGGAAAGAUGCAGAGAUAAAGGGAUAUGUAAUUCCCAAAGGCUGGAUAGUGAUGGUGGCACCAUCAGUGGCUCACUUGAAUCCUGAGACAUAUGAGAAUCCUCUUGAAUUCAAUCCAUGGCGUUGGAAGGGACAAGACUUACACUCUGGAUCCAAGACUUUCAUGGCAUGGGGCAGUGGCACAAGACUUUGCGUUGGAGCUGACUUUGCUAAGCUUCAAAUUGCAAUUUUCCUCCAUCAUUUCGUUACUAAUUACAGGUGGACAAUGACCAAAGGAGGAGACUUCAUUCGAAGGCCGAGUCUAAUAUUUCCAAAUGGACUUCACAUCAGAAUUGCAGUAAAACAAAAGUGAUCACAA